CCGAGGCAGGAGUGAGGCCUUGCCAGACACACAGAGCUCGGGGGCCGAGAGCGUCUCUGGCCUGGCUGCUCACCGAAGCGGCUUCUCUGGGUGCUGGAGACAGCUCAGAAGGAAGCACACACUCACAGCCCCAGGACGACAGGGAAAUGAGAAGAGGAAAGUGGUGGCAGGAGGCAGCUGCAGACACCUUGGAGUCAUUUGCCGUCCAGCCCACCCGGCCCCUGCCGAGAGCAGCCCUCGCAUCAGGGCUGCGAACGGGCUUCCAGGCGCCUGUUGCCUGGACCACAGACCCAGGACACCCCGAGCCGGGCUGCAUCUCCCCUCGCUCCCCGGUCCCCCCAGCCUGGGCUUGGCAGGGUCCCCAGACUUGGCAGGCACAUCUUGCUUUGCUUUGCUCCUCGCCCCCGGGUUUUUGGCUGCUUUUGAAGUUCCUGGCUGGGGUGUCGUCACAGCUAGGGUCUGAUGCGGGGGCAGAGAAAUGGCACAGAAGGGACCCUGGUUGCUCCUUCUCGGGAGAGCAGAGGCCAGGCCCCCACGGGAGGCCUUGUGGCUGAGCCAGCUGGUCCUGUGGCAGGGAGAUCACUUUGGCUGAUACCCUGGGUGGUUUCUUUGCCUUUUCUUCUUCUUUUUUUUUUGCAGCAGGACUGGGUGAACGGAAGAGAGUGUGGAGUCCAGUGCGGGAACUGAUUCAAUUCCUGUUGAGGGGCGCGGGCUCGGGGCCACCUGGGAACGCACCUGGCCGAGGGACGAGGCCCUGCCAGGCGCCCUGCGUGUCACCCUUGGGAAACAAGCAGGUGCAGCAUCCCUGCCCAGCCCCCAGCACCCCCCACCGUUUCCUGACUGGGCAGAAGGACCCAAGGCCUGCAUCAGCCUCACGACACAGAGGGACACCGCUGCUAGGACCGGGCUGCCUUCCUUGGGCCGGACCCGGGGGUGUAACCCUCAGAACCCUCUGGACGCCCUUCUGAUCUCUCUCCUCAGCAUGGCUGUGCUAGGUGAUAAGCCCUUAACGAGGGCACACCUUGGCCUCCAUAAUCACAGCUGGGACCUCUAUGCCCCGGCCUCCAGCACGGCUGACCGUCUUGUCCACCAGGCCAACUCCUGCCUCUCUCACCACCCACCCCGGGCGGUCAGCGUGGCGCUCUCUCUGUUCUACGCAGCCCUCCUGGUCUUCAGCGCCCUGGGAAACAUCCUUGCCCUUUGCCUUGCCUAUCAAAAGGGCAAGAAGAUCAACUCAACGGGCAUCUACGUGGUCCACCUGGCGGUGUCCGACCUCCUGUUCACCCUGGCCCUGCCCGGAAAGAUCGUCUAUUACAUGCUGGACUUCAGCUGGCCUUUUGGGGACGCCUUCUGCAGGCUGACGGCCUUCCUCCUCUACCUGAACACCUACUCGGGGAUCUACCUGAUGACAUGCGUGAGCGUGGACCGGUACCUGGCUGUGGCCCGCGCCCGCCCGUGUCCCCGGCCCCGCGAGCCCGGGCGGGCCAGGCUGGCCUGCGUGGCUGUCUGGGCCCUGGCGUCCCUGCAGACGGCGCCCCUGCUCUUGAUCCCCAUGAGCAAGCGGGUGGCCGGCAGGCUGACCUGCAUGGAGUUCGAGAGCGUGGAGCCGGUGCUCGGGCUGCCCGUCCUGGUCCUGGGGACCUCGGCCGUGAGCUUCUGUGGGCCGGCGGGCAUCCUCCUCUUCUGCUACGUGAAGGUCACCUUGAAGCUGUGCCGGACGGCGCAGGACAACCCUCUGACGAGCGGGAAGCGGCACUACCUCCGGGCCUGCCUGCUCACCCUGGUGGUGCUGGUGGCCGUGGCUGUGUGCUUCGUCCCCUAUCACCUCAACGUCAUCCAGUUCAUGGUGAGGAAGCUGCUCCGCCGGCCAACCUGCCCCGAGCAGAGGGCUUUCAAGCUGUGCCUCCAGCUCACCGUGUGCGUCAUGAACUUGAACUGCGGCAUCGACCCCGUCAUCUAUUCCUUUGCAUCCACGCGGUACAGGAAACGGCUCCUCGGCAUUUUGAAACUCAAAGCCUCAGCGUCUUCCUCCUCUUCCUCCCUGGGGAAAAAUUCCUCAGAAACAGGAAGUGUCAACCAGACGGGGGGCUCUGCUCCCUUAGAGGAGAACGAGGUCUAAUAGGUCAUGGGCUUUAAGACUGGAUCCCAGGCUGGCUGGCUGGGUUUGGGGGCCUGAAGCUUAUAUACUUUCGAGGGUGGGUUCUUUAAGAAAAAGGAUAAAAGACAAUAGGUGCAAAAUCAGGUCCAAGGUCUUGGAUGCUAAGUGAGGAGCCCAGAAACGUGAACUCACCAGCUCCACAGUGAAUCCACCUCUGAUGGGGCCUAAGAGACGCCUUGCGUCCUUGGCCUCAGAGGGCUGUGCCAUUUCUUCCAAGAAAAGAAUAUUUUUCACAGCAAAUGCAGACAAGACUGGGGCUUGGCUGAGCCCCAGACCCGCAACUGAGACUAGGUUUCCAACGUGGGGCGGCAAGCUGGUGUGGAGAGCGAACAUGCUCCUGCCUCCACAGGGAAAUUUCCAGGAGCUUAGAGUUAACAUGUACAAAAAUGCCAGAGUUUUCCUGAGAAAGUCAGAGAACGCGGGGAGGACGCGCUCCAAGUUGUUGCCCUGGGGCCGCCUCUGGGGUCGGGGCGGGAGGUUGGGGGGAUGGACAGGGUGUUUGCUUUCGUAGGAAAAGUCUGGAUCUGGUGCAGGGGCGACGCAUGUCCCGCCCGUGUGCGCGGGGACAGGGUUGCGGAGGAAGAAAGUGGGAACGCGGACCCGGGCUUUUCACGUGUCUUGUGCGUGUCAGGGGAGUGUUGUUUACAUUCGAGCAAAGAACCCUUUCACGGCACCUGCUUGUGUUUACAGCAAAGCACAGAGCAUUUCGACCCGGGCAGUUUCGAGUUUUGUGAAAUAAAACACCCGUUUCCCUGCCAAAGUGUGGGGAGCGCCAGG